UAUUUUGUGUAGAAUUCGCUUAUUGCUUGUGCCGAUUUUGUCGGCCACCUUUAAAUUGAAAUAAAUUUCGCAAAAUGUUUAAGAAAUUCGAAGAUAAGGACAGUAUCUCAUCGAUACAGCAGCUCAAAUCAUCCGUACAGAAAGGCAUACGUGCCAAAUUAUUGGAGGCAUACCCUAAACUGGAGACGCACAUUGAUCUGAUCCUGCCCAAAAAGGACUCCUAUCGCAUUGCCAAAUGUCACGAUCACAUUGAGCUGCUUUUGAAUGGUGCCGGUGAGCAGGUAUUUUUUCGGCAUAGGGACGGACCAUGGAUGCCCACGUUGCGUCUGCUCCACAAGUUCCCAUAUUUUGUGACCAUGCAGCAAGUGGACAAGGGUGCCAUACGUUUCGUAUUGAGCGGCGCGAAUGUUAUGUGCCCGGGCCUAACAUCGCCGGGCGCCUGCAUGACGACGUCGGAGAAGGGCACAGUGGUCGCCAUAAUGGCCGAGGGCAAGGAGCACGCGCUGGCCAUUGGCCUCCUCACGCUAUCCACAGAGGAUAUCUUAAAAGUGAAUAAAGGCAUCGGCAUUGAGACGUAUCAUUUUCUCAACGAUGGCCUGUGGAAAUCGAGGCCCGUUAAGUAGUAGACUAAUCAACUAACUGGCAAUCUGGCAAUUUUGGAGCAACACUAGCCAUGCAAUCCUUGUCUCAUCGGACGCUAAGCAGCAGGAUUAUUUCUUCCUAUUUAAUUAUUACUUUUCUACUCUAUUUUUGUUUUUUUUUUUUUGCCUAUUGCGCCAGUUGGAACUAUUUAAAAAUCGAAAUAGAUACAAAGGAUAUAACUGCA